UUGCACCUGAUCUAAAUAGCGAUGUUUAUGCUACCUGUAAAUACUGUCGUGUAGCUUUAAAAGCGCAUAAAAAAGAUCUUUUAGAACAUGGAAAAACCCGUAAACAUUCAAGAUCGGUAGAAUUGAGUCAGACAGCUAAAUCAUGCAAAAAAAUAACAACUGUUAUUAAACCAGUCUUAUCAGAGGCAACAAAGAUAGCAGAAUUAAAAAUUGCCGCCUUCAUUGCAGAACAUACCGCAAUAUUAACUGUUGAUCAUUUAAUGUUAGUAGUUCCUCAGUUAGAUCCUCAGUCAGAUAUAUUGAAAAGUUUAAAACUUCAUCGCACCAAGUGUUCCAUGUUAAUUAAGAAUGUGCUAGGCCCAUGUAUGCUUAAUGAUUUACUUAAAGAAAUUGGCGCUACUCCAUUUUCGUUGAUAAUAGAUGAGAGUACUGAUUUAUCAACACAGAAAGUACUAUGUGUUAUGAUUCGAUUUUUUUCUAUCAAGGAAAAACAAGUUGUAUCAACUUUUUACAGAGUAAUACAAUUAGUAAAUUGUGACGCAAUAAGUGUUUACAACGCAAUUAAGACUCAACUAGAAGAAGAUGGCUUAAAUUAUCAAAAUAUGGUUGGGAUUGGCGCUGACGGCGCAAGUGUAAUGGUCGGCAAACACAAUUCGGUCACUGCGUUGUUUAAAAGAGAUUUAGGAGAUUUAAUUGUAGUGAAGUGUGUGUGUCACUCUCUACAUUUGUGUGCGGAGAAAGCUGCAGAGGAACUACCUCGUCAGUUGGAGUUCCUGGUUCGAGAAACACAUAAUUGGUUUUCCUAUAGCACCAAACGUUUAGAACAAUAUAGAGACUUGUAUGAAACUAUAAACGAAGGAAAUCGAAAUCCUAAUAAAAUUCAAGGGCUAAGCGGCACUCGCUGGCUUGCGCGGUAUGCAGCUAUUGACACUAUUUUGAAACAGUGGGAUGAAUUGCAAUUGCUUUUUUCUUUAGCGAAAACCCAAGAUAAAUGUUUUAUGGCUGAGCAAUUGCAUGACAUAAUGAGACGACCUGCGUUUAAGGCAUACUUGGUUUUUUUGAGAGACGAAUUAAAACAUGUUACUCAAAUUAAUAUGCUCUUUCAAAGCGAGCACUGCGAACCAACCAAAUUAUUGGAAGAUUUGUUUCUGUUAUACAAGAAGAUACUCCAAAAGCUUGUUGUACCAUCUCAGUUGCAGAAAAUACAUGACAGUGAAUUAGCUGAAUUUAAUUUUCAGCUAUACUUAAUGCAUACAGCAUCUUUAAAUCUUGGAUAUGACUUUGAAGAAGUUGCCAAAAAUCUGGUAGAAAAUGAGUUAUUAGAUGUUAAGGAGAGAUGCAAAAAAUUUCUGUGUACUUUGGCUAUGGAGAUGCAACAAAGAUUGCCAGAAAAUUUGUCCACCCUGAAAAUGAUAACUGUUCUCAAACCCGAAGUUGCGACAUCGCAAGUAAAGCCUAGUUUAAAUAAUAUUUUGCAGAGAUUCCACCGAAAUUCUGUAUACGGAAACAAAAAUGACAUUGAAGCAGAAUGGAACCAACUACAAAACAAACUAUGGACAAACACGUCUGGGUCAUCUGCAGAAUUUUAUGCUGAAGUUUACAAUGACUGCGACGCGGGGAAUCGGAAACGCUUCGAAAAUAUUUCUAAAUUUGCAAUGGCGUUAUUGACGCUGCCUGUAUCCAACGCAUCAGUAGAACGUGCUUUCUCCACCUAUGCAAUUAUAAAAAAUAAGCUGAGGAACAGGUUAUCACUGAAAAUGUGUCAAAACAUCAUGAUGGUCCGAUUUUCCUUGCAGCGAGAUUAUAAAUCCUGUGUAAAUUUCUCACCAACGAGCGACAUGAUAAAAAACUUCAACGUGCGAAUGUACGAGUACAACAAAAAAUCGUCACAUGAAGAAGACGAUCUCGAUGACGAUACAGUGCUCGAAAUAAUGAACAAUAUUGUCUGUUAA